AUGGAGACAAGGAAGAAAAGGAAGAUUGGUAAUCCCAGUGCCAGUGCGAGUCCGGGCGCAUCAGUCAUGAGUGCAUUUGCCUUGCGCCAACAGCUCUUGAAAUCCCAAAACUCUGCCUCCUCCUCGCCUUCAGAGACCCAAGGAACCACAAUUACCAAGGUUAACAAUAUCAGGGAUGCUGCAAACCCGGAUGUUGUUCUUGUAGACUCUGAAAGUGCACCAGAAACGCCCGCAAGUCUUGUGUCAUCCCAGGUGCCGUCUCGCGCGAGUCCAGAAAUUGCUGAGGUAGAUGAGUCAGCAUCAUCUACAAGGGUGAUUUAUUUCUCUAGUUUCAAGGCGAGCAAACAGAAUUUUCAGAAGAAACCCCACGGCAUUUCUGUACUCAAACUGGUCGAAGGCGAACGUCUCGUAAUACUCGGAAGUUAUGGCCUAACGGUAAAAAAUGGCCUGAUAAGUGUUGCUGGCGCAACAUUACAAGCGCGUAGCGGUGUCACGUGGAUUCACUCUCCUCACUGCCAUGCACUUCCUGUAAUCCGGUGCUCGGAAGAUGCCAUCCUUGAGCUCAGCUCCCACCCGGCCGCUAGCAGUCUGAGGGAUCUAGGCAGCCUGUCACCCAAGUUUGAGAAGUUGUGGAACGAUGCGGCUGGGGAAGAGCCGCUGAACAAGCCCAAGGCCUCUACGAGGCCUUCAUAUACCAUAAUAUACACAAGCGAGGAUGGCCCGAAGGCAGCUCCUCUCCAGGAACUUGCGUCCUUGGCAGAAUGGAACAAGAAGCUUGCAUCUUUAGCGGCCGCUUCCAGGAGCUCGGAAUCAAUGACGAUCCUUGUCUGCGGUCCAAAGUCUUCCGGCAAAUCUACCUUUGGCAGACUACUUGCGAACCGUCUUGUCACGGAAACAAACAGACGGAAAGACCAGCCACAGCCCGGUGUUGCGAUCCUCGACAUUGACCCAGGGCAGCCUGAAUUUGGAGCCCCAGGGGUUUUAUCGCUAGUCUAUGUCGAAUCCCCGAACCUCCAACCUCCGUUCUGUCACCCCUGUCUCUCGGCAACAGGACGAAGUCGAAUAAUACGAAGUCAUUCCAUAGCAGCAAUUUCACCCAUCACCAACCCCGAUCAUUAUACUGAAUGUGUCCUCGACCUGUAUGCUACAUAUGCAACCAAGCUUCGCCGCAAGUGCCCUUUGGUCAUAAAUACAUGUGGCUGGGUACAGGGAACCGGACUAAACAUCAUCACCGAACUCAUUGGCCGAAUUCGCCCGACCGAGGUUGUUUACAUGUCGAAAGAAGGCCCCGAGGAGACUGUUGAGGCGUUACGAGAGGCAUGUCUGAGAAAAAUGCCUCUAGUAUUCAUGCCAUCUCAAUCGAGCAAGUAUACAGCAAGGACAGCUGCAGAUUUGCGCAUGAUGCAGAUGAUGUCCUACUUCCAUGUUGACCAGCUAGCAUCUGCCCCAGAGUAUCUGCACUGGAACACAGACCCAUUGGCAUCCAUUAUGCCUUGGAAUGUGAAAUAUGGUGGUCGAGAUCGUGCCAUUCUUGGAAUCAUAUGCUACGACUAUGAGCCGACAGCAGACAUGCUAGCUCCUCUCAUAGAUGGCAUGAUUUUAGCAAUGGUUGAAAUUGAGGAUAUAGCUGCCUUCAGAGACAUGUCAGCCGCGGCUGGGCAACUUCAUGGCUACGAGAUGGACAUCGACCAUGAUGCAAACGAUGAUUCUACCAAGGCAUACUACAAUAUCCCGGUGGUCCAAACUCCAGAGGGUUUGCCGUUUAUACAAAAUCAGAGGGGGAUAACCCUUGACCCUCGGCAUUCUCGCACCGUCGGCCUCGCUCUCGUCAGGGCCAUUGACGAGAAAAGCCAAACAUUACAGCUGCUCACGCCUGUCUCGGAGGAGAGGAUCACAGAGCUCAACACUGGCAGCAAUCGGAUCGUUUUUGUCUGGGGGAGGCUGGACGCCGCUCCGACUUGGUCGUACGUUGAGGAACGCCAUAGACAAGAUGUCCAGACUAGGACAAAGCAAUUCGCUACUGAUGACGUUGCGGCAGAAGAAAGUGGACCAGGACGCCUAGGCAGCAUCGGUGAUGGCUUGCCCUGGGUUGAGGAAUUGCAAGCAAAUCAGAAAAGAGCAGCUGGUCAUAAAGCACUAAGGGUACGAAGGGAUCUCGGUCGCAGCGCUAAGGGCACAGACUGA